AAGUACUAAGCCGAACGGCUGUUGGGCGCAAAUAUUAUUGUGAAGUGAAGUGAAUUUGAAAGUAACUAUGCCGCCGAAAACCAGUGGAAAGGCAGCCAAGAAGGCUGGCAAAGCUCAGAAAAAUAUAACCAAGAAUGAUAAGAAGAAGAAGCGCAAGAGGAAGGAAAGCUAUGCUAUUUACAUCUACAAGGUUCUGAAGCAGGUUCACCCUGACACUGGAAUUUCGUCUAAAGCUAUGAGUAUAAUGAACAGCUUCGUAAACGAUAUCUUUGAGCGUAUUGCUGCUGAGGCUUCGCGUCUGGCUCAUUACAACAAGCGCUCGACCAUCACCAGUCGGGAAAUCCAAACGGACUACCAUAACAGGUGUUUUGCCUAA